GGCGGGGGCAGACAAAGCCGCGGCUAAUGAAUGGGAGCGCCCGCCCGCGCCGGCCGUCGUCCGCAGGAGGGCGGGAGCCGCGCCGCCCGGAGCCCCGCGGCCGCGUUCUGUGCCCUUCCCACCGGGAACAAGUGGACCCAGUUGUGUUUGAAAUGCAAGCAAGAGCCACCCUCCAAGGAGGCUGCCCAGGACACCUGCCCAGGACUGGCCCUGGGACGCCUGCCCCAGGACUGGCUCCGGGACGCCUGCCCCAGGACUGGCUCCAGGACACCUGCUCAGGACGCCUGCAGGGCUGCCUGCCUGCGGCCCGAGACAAGCCCAUGCAAACCGCUGUCUCCACAUCUCCACAGCGGAAGCUCGCUCCUCCAGAUGAUGCCGAAGGGUCAUUGUGCUGUCCAGGCGACAGCGGCCCAGUUCCCAGGACAAGACGCGGGUCUCCGCCGCGUCAGUUGGUGUCUGCGCCAAGAAGCAGGUCGUGGCGAGGCUGCGGGCAGGUGGCGCUCUGCGCCCUGAGGUGAAGUGGCCUGCCCUCCAGCCAAAUGCCCUCUUCAGUCAGAUUUAUCAUCAGCCACAUUCACACGCAUCUCGAAAGAUGGAAUUAUUUUUUAAGAGCUGAAGAUAACGUACAUUUGGGGGCACAGAUGAGGCUUUGGAUCAGGUUUUCACCCACCUAAGAGAACAGGAGGAAGCAGCCAGAGUAGUUAUGGUCAGUCAUGGAGAACAACCAGGAGACGCGUCCCAGAAGGGAUGGUGAAUUUGUUUCUGAUAAAAUAAAUUUUAAAAUAGAAGAGGAAGAUGAUGUUCAAAUCCCUAAUCCCAGUUUGGAAGGAGUGGAGUUUAAAGCGGAGCCGGACGGGAACCGGGCCGAGGGUGGCGGGGGCCGGGCGGAGGCCAGGGGGCCGCCCGGGAAGUGCCCCGCUGCCGACCAGGAGGAGGAGUACGGCUCCCUGUUCUCCCAGUACAGCAGCACGCUGUACGACGUAGCCAUGGAGGCCGUGACGCAGAGCCUCCUCUCGGGCCGGGCUGUGAGCUCCAGGAAGAAGUCUCCGGCCUGGAAGCAUUUCUUCAUCUCCCCACGGGACAGCACCAAGGCCAUCUGCACCUACUGCAUGAAGGAGUUCAGCCGAGGGAAGAACGAGAAGGACCUGAGCACCAGCUGCCUCAUGAGACACGUGCGGAGGGCUCAUCCCACGGUGCUCGUCCAGGAGAACGGCAGUGUGCCGGGCCUGCCCUCCCUGUCACCCCCUCCUCUGCGGCUGCCGCCGCAGCCCACCGACCCCGGGGACCUGGGCGCCGUGCUCUCGCCCGUCAGCCUCGCCCCGAAACUGGCAUUAAAGGCCCCGUCCCCCGAUGACAUGAUGGAGGAGUCCACGUCUGCGGUCUCCUUGGAAGAAACCCCCUCUGACGCGCCCGCCUCUGACAAGUACGGUAGGGAGGAGGCCCCGGGGGGCCCGCCCCCCAUGCCCCCCCUCCCCUGCGAGGACAGCGCGGAGAACGGGGCGGAGAGGAAUCCCCCGCCUCCCAAGAGCACUUCGGGCUCCAGGAGGCGGUCGGCUGUGUGGAAGCACUUCUACCUGUCGCCCCUGGACAACUCCAAGGCCGUGUGCAUCCACUGCAUGAACGAGUUCAGCAGGGGCAAGAACGGCAAGGACCUGGGCACCAGCUGCCUGAUUAGGCACAUGUGGCGGGCACACCGCUCCAUCGUGCUGCAGGAGAACGGGGGCUCGGGACUCCCGCCGCCUUACGCAGCGCCCCCCACCCUGCUGCCCGCCCUGCCGCCGCCCGACGGGGACCCGAGCUCCGUGUCGUCCUCUCCUGGAAAGCUGGUCCAGGAGUCCCCUUCUGCGUCCUCCUCCCCUGACCGGCUGACGGAGGACCUGCAGGUGCACCUGCACGCCGGGGACACGCUGAUGGAAGACGCGUCGGCGCUGUCCUCUGACGACGUGGGCGAGGCCUCGCUGGCGUCCUCCCCCGAGAAGCCGCAGGCUGGCGGGAUGAGCCCCAGCCUGCUGGAAUGCGGUGCCGUGUUCCAGCAGAAUAAGAAGGUCAUGAAGAGGCUGAAGUCGGAGGUUUGGCAGCAUUUUUCACUGGCGCCCAUGGACAGCCUCAAGGCGGUGUGCAGACACUGCGCUUGCAUCAUCAGCCGGGGCAAGAGGGGCGACGUGGGUACCAGCUGUUUGAUGCGGCACCUCUACCGACGCCACCCAGACGUCGUGAGCAACCAGAAGGGCUCUCUGGGUGCUGGGUUGGCAAAUUCUCCGUACGCCACCUUGGCUUCUGCAGAAAGUUCCUCCUCCAAGUUGACUGACUUGCCAUCUAUGGUUACGAAAAACAAUCAGGUUCUAUUUCCCGUUAACAGCAAGAAGACCUCCAAGCUGUGGAAUCACUUCUCCAUCUGCUCCGCGGACCCCACCAAGGUGGUGUGCUUGCACUGCGGCCGCACCAUCAGCCGGGGGAAGAAGCCCACCAACCUGGGCACCAGCUGCCUGCUGCGCCAUCUGCAGCGCUUCCACGGCAGUGUGCUCAAGCCUGACGUGCCCAGGGCGGCGCGGGCCUCCUCGCCCAGCCUCCGCGGGCCCCUGAGCACACAGCUGUCAGGAGCUUCCUCCUUUGACGACACCAACGAGAAGUUCUAUGAUUCUCAUCCAGUUGCCAAAAAAAUCACAAGUCUCAUAGCUGAAAUGAUUGCACUUGACCUCCAGCCAUAUUCUUUUGUAGACAAUGUUGGCUUUAACCGGCUGCUCGAAUACUUGAAACCUCAGUACUCUUUGCCCUCACCUUCUUACUUCUCCAGGACAGCCAUCCCAGGCAUGUACGAUAAUGUGAAACAGAUCGUCCUGUCACACCUUAAGGAAGCGGAGAGCGGUGUGAUCCAUUUCACGUCCGGAAUAUGGAUGAGUAACCAGACCCGCGAGUACCUGACGCUCACCGCCCACUGGGUCACCUUCGCGUCGUCGGCCCGGCCGUACUGUGAGGACCACCACUGCUCAGCCCUGCUGGACGUGUCUCAGGUGGACUGUGACUACAGUGGCAACAGCAUCCGGAAGCAGCUGGAGUGCUGGUGGGAGGCCUGGGUGACGUCCACUGGCCUUCAGAUUGGGAUCACAGUCACCGACAACCCGAGCAUCGGGAAGACGCUGAGCGAGGGGGAGCGCGCCAGCGUGCAGUGCUUCAGCCACACUGUCAACCUGGUCGUCAGCGAGGCCAUCAAGAGCCAACGGAUGGUCCAGAACCUCCUCAGCAUCGCACGGAAAAUAUGCGAGCGGGUCCACCGGUCACCGAAAGCGAAAGAGAAGCUGGCCGAGCUGCAGAAGGAGUACGAGCUGCCCCAGCACCACCUCAUUCAAGACGUCCCAUCCAAGUGGAACACGUCAUUUCACAUGCUUGAGCGACUCAUAGAACAGAAACGGGCGAUUAACGAGAUGUCCAUCGAGUGCAACUUCAGAGAGCUGAUCAGCUGUGACCAGUGGGAGGUCAUGCAGUCCGUGUGCCACGCGCUGAAGCCCUUUGAUGCCGCGAGUCGGGAGAUGAGCACCCACGUGUCCACGCUCAGCCAGGUUAUCCCCAUGAUCCACAUCCUCAACAGGAAAAUCGAGAUGCUCUUUGAGGAGACGAUGGGCAUCGACACCAUGCUGAAGUCCUUGAAGGAAGCCAUGGUGAGCCGGCUGGCUGCCACCCUCCACGACCCGAGGUACAUCUUUGCCACGUUGCUGGACCCUCGCUACAAGGCCUCCCUCUUCUCGGAAGAGGAGGCGGAGCAGUACAAGCAGGAUCUAAUCAGGGAACUGGAAGUGCUCAAUUCUACCUCAGAGGACACACCUGUUUCCAACGGGUGUGACCCAGGCUCCCCCUCGAAAGACGCGGUGGGGGAGGAGAACCUGUGGUCACUCAUGGCCAAGAUGACGAAGAAGGGCCCCAGGGAAAAGACGAAGGUGCCCGAGGACAUGGUGCUUGCGUAUCUGGAGGAGGAGGUGCUCGAACACAGCUGUGACCCCCUCACCUACUGGAACCUGAAGAAGUCGGCCUGGCCGGGCCUGUCCACCCUGGCCGUCAGGUUCCUGGGCUGCCCCCCCAGUAUCGUACCCUCUGAAAGGCUGUUCAGCACACCCACGGAGAACGGUGGCUUCGGCCAGUCCAGGCUCACGAUGGAACAUUUUGAAAAACUGAUCUUCUUGAAAGUGAAUCUUCCCUUGAUAUACUUUCAGUAUUGACACUCACAGCGGAACCACCAGGCCACAGCUUGUCGCUCACCUGGCACCAGCCGUCCGUCCCGGGGUGGCGGCGCGCUCCGGGCGGGGCCGUGCGGGGUGUCGCAGCCGGCACCCCGAGGCGGGCACGAGCCUCCCCGUCCAGCGUCACUGUAAUGUCUACGAGUGCCUUACUCCCCGUCCUGCAGGCCGGGUGUCACCGCGGGCUCCCCACGGGCCCGCUAGGAACAGCCUGUCUUGCCGAUGAUGAAAUACGAUGAUUAGGGUUUCAUUCAUAACUGUAAAGUUUUUUUAAAAGUUGGGGGUUAGUAAUUUGUCUUACUAGAAGGGCAGAGGAGAUGUAAACAAUUUUAUUCUCUAGGCUUUUUAUUCAAUUAUGUAAAAACCACGAAUCAGGUACUGUAUUUUAGUUAAAGAUUGCUUUAAUUCAACAGAACAGCCUUUAUGGCUGUUAAGUGAAUUCUGUAAAUAGGAGGUGGAGUUCAAGCCAUCCUGGCUGAGCAGUUUCUAACUGCAGGCUCUAUGUCAAGGAGUACAGAGAAUAUUCUGGAACAUAACUGUUGACCGCAACAGAGGUGUGGCAUCGGAAGAGGAAACUAAGACGUGCCCUGGAACGUCGGUUAUGUAGCGAUCUGGUUAAAGAGCACGUUCCUGGUCUGUGCUCCCCAUUCAGGUUUUACGUGGUCGGCUCACGCGGAGGCCCCGACCUGGGUCACGAGCCCGCGCGAGGGGCCGUUCACAGCAGGCCCGCGAGGAUGCCCCGCCUCGGACCUGCUGUCUCCACACCAGGAAGCUAUCCUUUGAAAUUUGUGCACUGACCCCACUGACCCCAAUUUGAUCAAAUUAUGUAUAAAAUUCUUUUUACAAGAGAUGGCUCAUCAACAGGGAGGAGACCGCUGUACCGCAGUGUAAGACUAGCCUUAGGCGUUUAGCUUUUUUAUAUAUAUGAUAGGGAGGACCAGCCAUCGCCGCCGGGUGUGAAGCCCGAGGACACAACGCGGCGUCCGUCGUCAGAGUCUUUUAACAAUGAUCUCUCUUCAGAAGUUUUGCUUCCACAUCUAGAGAAGGGUUCGUUUUCUUAUUUCAAACCAAUUAAAUACUCUGGAUGAAACAAGUUACUCAUUUGCCUAUGACCUUUUAGAAAAGUUGUUUUGUUAAAAAAAAAAACUGUACCUGUUAUUAAUCUGGAUUUGCAUUGACUAUGUUUUAGUGUAUUUAUAAAUGGUGAACUCAGUUUCUGAAAUUAAACUUUUUAUUUGCAAUUUU